GGUCAUGUUAUGUUUAUGUUAUGUUUAUGUUAUGUUCAUGUUAUGUGUCAUGUCAUGGUCAUGUCAUGGUCAUGUGCACAAAAUAAUGGAUUCCACCAAUAACCAAUUAUUAUUGUAUUGGUCCAAGUCACAUGAAAAUGGACCAAUCAUUGAAAAUCGUUUAAUUCACAUGAUCAUGGUCCAAUCAUUUAAAUUCGUUCGUCCUUAUAACCUUUCAUUUUUAAUUGCAUUUAUCAUUUAUUUUUGAUCAAUUUGUAAAGCUUUGAAUCAAUUGUAUCUGAAUUCCAUACAUUUAAGGUUGGUCGCCGUAAGUUAUUUUGAAUUACAACCUUGGUGGUUGUAAUAUUAUAAACGUAA